AUGGACACCCGGGACGACAACUUUCUAAUCAAUUUCGACAAACUGCCGGAUGAGCGCACCGACACAUCGCUGGCCAGAAUGGCACGACUCGCCUGUCAGAAAAACGCGUCAAUACGGCCAGAGUUUAGCGAAUUAUUAGAGAUCUUUGAGACGGAACUCAUGUCCGACACGACGACACCACAACCAAAACGCCACAAAACCUCUUAAGCAGCGAUCGGACGCGUUAUAUACUGCGCCGGGAUCUGAGUCUACCCUCCAGUCAGUCGAGCCUCGACUCGAUGCCACUCAACGGCGCCGGAGAUAUUUUCGAUCAGCACUUAAUCCGACGCCGAAACUCACAGAUAGAGCGCAAGUACUUCAAUGGUAGCCAUAGAUAGCAACGGAUCCACUGAUUGCCACAAAGACAGCGAAGAUAUUUCUUAUAAGAAAAACUGAACUCUUUUUUUGUUUUGUUUUCUCUCUCCGAGUCAUGUAUUGAAUAAUGAUUUGUGUUUUUCCAUGUUUUCACUGAUUAUUUGUUACGCAAAACAAAACAAAAACUCAAUUUAAAAUUGAACUCAAAGUGCAAUUCGUUUAAACAAUAGAAAUAUACUUUUGGUUAACAUUUGUUGUUAACUAAACAGCUAUGGUUUCGCGUUCUCUACAUACCGGCGCCCGACUUUUCACUACAAACUACCGGCGCUUUCCUAUACCUUCACUAUUGUUUAGAGAAGCAAAUAAAUUUGUAAAAUCACUUUAAUUCUAGUCC